CCUGUAUACAUCUCAGUUAUAUCCUUAUCGAUCACCCUCCAGUAAAGCCGCAGCGAGUUCAACCCAUCGUUACGUACCUAGGUAGAGUCUCGGAAGACAUCAAGAAGAGGAGAGGAGUUCCUCUACUUAGAACCAUGUCUGAAAGACGCCAAAAGAAGCGAAAAGUGGAGGAAGCAUACGGUUCUGGUGACUAUGUUUGCGGUGAUGGCCACAUGCAACCUUCACCCAACUCGUAUCGACCAUACUCUGCCACCCACCACCACGUUGUCAUCCACCACGUUGUCUGCUCUAAAACAAUACGGUACCAUGAGCGUCAUGCAUCUAGCGCGUACUACUUCGAUAUUCCGCGUCUGCUAAAGGGGUCGAGCCGACAUACUGGGUUGGUAGGCCAACAACGUCUCCCCACCAUCGAACGAUUCCUCGAGGAUAAAGAGAAUGUCAGCUUCGCAAUUUGCCUUGAGUAUAGUUGCCAACAGUACCACAAAGAUAUCGGGAACAUGUUUGAGCGCCAAUCGAUUCCACCUAUGGAUGCAGACCUUGAGCAUGAAGUAAGGCCUUAUUUCUACAGAUUGCAAUCAGACGCUAAGCCCGCGACACCGAACUCGGAAGCGAUAUUUCUCUCCAGUGGUCUCCAUGAAGCUCUUCGGCUUUUGGACAUGACAGAAAACGGAUCCCUCGGGCGCUGGAAUGCACGAAGCAGUCUGGAGUAUCCAUAUCCCCAGUUAUAUCACUACAGGAAAGUGUUCAUUGGGAAGCUGGCACACAAGCUAGAGCUCAAUCACCAGCACCAACUCAGAGCUCUAUUUCAGUACGUUAAUGAGCAUCUUGCUCUGGAGUAUAUUGAGGCAGAAAAGCUCUUUGAAGCGGGCCGGGCUCAGAGGAAGCAUUGGGAUAAGAUGUUUCGUCCGGAAGAAGUACUCGUGACAAAGGACGAUGGACAUCCUGUGGCCUACAUGUUAUUAUCAUGCUCUCGCUCCAACCUGGACGUAUUGGAACUCGACUGUUGGUCUUGGGAGUUUGACGGAUCCUUCUCCAAGAAGUUCACUACGCUCACAGUGUCGUGGCCUUCCAAGUCUGAUGUCAUUCCUAUCUCUCAACUUCAGGUAUUUCCACUACGACUGGAUACUGCGGGAUCAGAAAAGGUACUUCGGAGACGUGGCGGCAUAUUCUGGUCGUGUCGGAAGCAGAGAUUUGUAGACUAUGAUGUGCCACCUCAAGGCAUGGAAGUUCAAAAGUUAAAUCUGCGUUACAUGAUAGACAUGGAAGCGUACAAGAUAAUGCAUGGUCCCGAAGACGAUUCUGCGAUGCGCGACGAGUUGGACUACAACGCUAUGCAAAGCAGACAUCCGCCAGAAGAGCCAUUUACACUUCUCUUACCAGUUUAUAUAAGAGGGUAUGGUUUUCACAACAAGAAAUGGGAUAUGCUUAUGGUGGAACAUAUCCGGAAAAUCACUUGGAACAAGGAUGUCUUCAAGAACAGAUUGGUCCUGAAGCCAUCCAAGAAAAGUCUGAUCCAAGCACUAGUAUCGGUUCACAUCAAGAAGACGAAGCCUGUGAGGUCAGAUUUCAUAGAUGGUAAAGGAGACGGCCUCAUCAUAUUGCUACACGGUGGUCCAGGCACAGGCAAAACCCUCACCGCUGAAAGUGUCGCUGAAUUUGCAAAGAGACCGUUGUACCGGGUGACUUGUGGCGAUAUUGGCACAGAUCCUGUGAAAGUUGAAGAGUAUCUGGAAUCAGUGCUAUUCAUUGGUUCGAAGUGGGGCUGUGUUGUGCUUUUGGAUGAGGCAGACGUGUUCUUGGAAGAGCGUACUAAAACGGACCUGCAACGCAACGCACUAGUGUCAGUGUUCCUUCGAGUGCUGGAGUACUACGACGGAAUCUUGAUCCUCACUACUAAUCGUAUCGGCACUUUCGACGAAGCAUUCAAAUCUCGUGUACAAUUAGCACUCCACUUCCCAACUCUCGACGAACCUGGUCGGCGUGGGGUCUGGAGGAACUUUGCGAAGUCUUUAUCCGAUAAAGGCCACAUCGACCCUGAGGAGAUCGAUCAGAACCUGGACCAGCUCGCCAAGCAUAAUUUGAAUGGACGCCAGAUCAGGAACAUCAUCAGCACUGCUCGACAAGUGGCAACUUAUCGAAAACAAGCCCUACAGUUCGAGCAUAUCGAUGAGUCGUUGAAGGUUGUCAAUGACUUCGAAGAGUAUGUGACAAAGGUACAUAAGCAUACUGAUGAAGCUCAUGCACAAUACAUGCAAUGGAGGAAUGGCUAGAUAACCGGCAGGUCCGCAUCUGUUCUGAAGCAUACUACGUAUUAUCAAUUUAGGCGCUGUGUUCAUAUUUCAGAAGAUCCAGAUAGAUUGCAUGCAAACAAAGUUGAAAUUCAGGUGAUGUAUGUGCAGACUACUGAGAGUUCGAAGACCCAA